GCUCGGGUGGAGGUCUGGUGAACUCGGCGUGCACACUAAGUGCUUAUGCUGUUAGCGACGAUCACACCUCAAGUGUGAAGGCAGAUAUGGAAACCUCUGAGCCUGCUGAGUUACAGAUCAUAAAGAACCACUAUGAGAGAGCUUUUGAAUGUCUCAACCUGGGCCUACAGGAGGAUGAGGUGGGGAACAAAGACCGAGCCCUAUUGCUCUACGGGCAGGGUCGAUGCCACAUUCUCCAGGGGCUGGCUGUGACCACCCACGGGGAGGGGUGCACAGGAGCAGGCUGGGACUCUGCACGCGACAUGCAGCUGAAGAUGACCAACACACUGAGCAGCAUCACGACUCGGCUGGCCAUGCUGGAGACCGCUACGUCCCCGCCAGCCGCUGCAUCCCGGCCGCUCUGUCCGAGCCUGCCGGUCCUGCAGGAGACACGGAGACACCCCAGGUCCAGGACGCCCACUUUUAAUGCUCACCUCUCCCCCACGGCUUCAGGGGGCGUUCCGCAUCUGCUGCCAUCUCCCUCCGUAGCCUCUGAUGUUCCCAGCGAGCUGCCGCCGGCCUACACUCCUGAACCCACAGAUGGGCAUCUCUCUGUUUCCCACAGGGAACAGCAUUCGCUGCUAUGUUCAAAUCAGCUUUCCCACCCUCAGGGCUGUAGUGAAGUCAGCAUAAACGAAGCAGAAGAGGUUCUGUUAUUCUUUCCCAAUGGGGUUCAGAUUUUCUUUGUGCCGCCAGAUGGCCAGGUCAGCGCUCCCUCAUAUCCAGGGUUCCUACGCAUUAUCCUCAACAGCAGACAGCAUUAUGAUGGCGACGAUAUCGGUGACUUCAGACAUCCUCCUGCUUAUCUCCAGGUGUGUGACUGGCACUAUCCGCUGUUUCCAGACUCACCCGUCCUGCUUAGCAACAGGGGCGUGUUCACAUUCCCUGACACCACGGCAACAGUGCCAGGGUCCUAUGUUGGGGUGGUGCUUUCCUCUGAAUUGCCUGCAUCAGACCGAACACUUUUCCAGGAGCACCUAUCUGUGCUGACACAGCUCAGAGUCCAGGCGGCUGAUGACAGAGCAGAUGUAAAUGAAGCUACGGGGACACAGACCACCAGUUUGAAGGAGAAGGCUCCCCUAAACCCUGCCGUGGACCCAGCACAGGACACAGCCCCAGCGAAGGAGGACAAGGUCCUGCCGGAGUGGAGCGAAAAGAUGUCACAGGGCAUAUUGGCAGGGGCCUCUUGGCUCAGUCGGGGGCUCGUGCAGGGAGCUGAAGCCACGGGCAAAGCCAUCCAGCAAGGAGGAACAAAACUGCGUAAGCAAAUCAGUCCAGAGGAGACGCCAGCUGAGGUCAGUCCCAGAGUGACCCAGGGCCUGCAGGUAGCCAAGCAGGCCACCGGAGGCGCUGUUAAAGUCAGUCAGUUUUUGGUUGAUGGCCUUUCCAGUGUGGUUGAACUUGUCGGGAAGGAGCUUGGACCUCAUAUUAAGAGGCAAGGCAGCAAACUGAUCCCAGAGUCCUUAAAAAACAAUAAAAGCGCUUGCGCCAACAUGGGCAGAGCCAAAGUGGUAGCUGCUAGCAGCCUGAAAGGUUUGUCAACUAUAUGGUCAGGUUUGGAGACAGCAGCAAAAACAGUUGGGAAAAGUGCAAGCUCAGAGACUGUGCAGACCGUCAAGCACAAGUACGGGGAUGCCGGUGGCCAGGCUGCAGAAGACGUUGUUGAGUCUGUGGUCAAUGUGGGUGUCACGGCGUUCAACGUGGACAAUUUGGGCCUCAAGGCUGUACUGAAGCGUGCAGGCAAGCAGACUACGCAAGCUUUAUCUGAAGAGAAGACCACGGAGCAAGGAAAGAGAGAUGAGCCCAAGGAGUGAAGGAGAAAAGAAGCUCUUCUGCUUUUGGAGAUUUGCUCCUUUGUCUGGGGCUGGUAAAAUGUGCUGCAUAGGGGGAAAUUCAUAUAUCACGAACAUUUGCCUUUAUCACAAAUAUGUCUGAUAAUAUGCGUUAGGAUAUAUUACAAGAAAG